CGAAAUUUCAUUCAUUAUACGUUGUAAAAACAAACUCGGCGCUCAUAUUUCACGAGAUUAGUCGUACAGGAUGAGGUUGUGAUAACAAUAAAUCAGUUACGCGAUUACUUGUAUAAUAUUGAUAAUGAACUCGGAGAUAUUUUUCUAAAUGGAUAAAAAAUUAUUACACCAUUUUUAAAGAUCAGACAAUUUAGUGCUUCGGAAACAGCUGACUUGCAUCUGGUCUGACCGGGUGGUGGGGUAAUAUCGUUUGGGGCAGAGUCUACAUGAGGAACUGCACAGACUGCAGCGCGGUGAUCAAUUUGAAUCUACAUCAACAGGUUAUCCGCCCUGUGAGAGUCAUUUAUUUAACACCAUUCCUGCCAUGUGUGCUUUUCGAUACAGAUUUGCAGUCGACAGACUGGAAAUUGUAUCAUUAGUUGGCUCGGUAUAGAUUUUCAGCAGUUACCAGCUGUGAGAAAUUCUCCACCCCACUGGUAUUGCAGUGCUAAUUAUCCUGUGAACAUUUUGGCAGAAGUGGCAGGUCAAUCAAUCACCUGUUUUCAUCAAGCCGAAAUUUCCGCUUUAAGGACAUGCUAGGAAACAGUAGGGUUUCCUUUGGAUCAUUAAAAACGCAUUAAGCCAAGAAAUCCCUCGACAGUUGACAAGGCAACAGAUAUUUAAUUAAAAAUAUUAUUAUCCAUAUCGACCAUUGAUCAUAUAAGUGAACUGCAGACUGCUUGACUAGAAACUGGACAAUUUUUCUUUUUUGUCGGGUUAACAUCGUCGAAGCGACAGAAGGCCCAAGACUAAUCGGUUCAUUCGGCAGUGUCGCUCGCUCAAAGAAAAACCACUUGAUGUUGAAGAGUGAGAUUAAGCUAAGCAAACUCGACAUCCAUCUCUGUCAAUCCUUAAAGAUAGAACAACCAGCAUAAACAAAACAUGGAAUAUCUACGUUGAGUGCUCAGCAGUCUUCCCUGGCAUCUUUGGCUCUUAUUUGGUUCAGGGUAUACGGAGAGCCAACCAAACCCUUAAGUUCAGACCUCUAAAAACCGAAAUGUGAUUUCACCAGAUAACAAGAAUUUACGAUGCUUUUAUCCAGGAUGGUCAAGUUCAACCAUAAAAUGUGCCAUUCGAGGAUCCACGUAGUACGUGAUGCAACUCUCGCGAAAUUAUAUUAUAACACAAACUUGACGUACCGUGAUUAAUAUUUAACCUCAGGCGAUAAAGUCAAAAUUUGCACGAUGAGCUCCGUGAAAAGAACAGCGACCGCCAAAGGCGGCAGUGCACGUCGCAUGGGCCAUGUGCUAAUCGGCUCUUCCCCAAGUGUGAGGAAUCUAUCUCCAGGAAACAUCGGACGAGACAGCAAUACCGGUUCCCCUCUCCACGCCAGGUCCAAGUAUGAAUUGAGAAGUGUCAGCUUUGAGGGAUCCAACAGGGUGCUGCCAUGGACAACGCGAUCACCAGCCACCGACACCGUUUCACGGAGGGGCGUCUUUUCGAGGCGAUACUAUGGCAGCAUCGAAAUGUUGCCGCAGGUCGAGCAGGACGGCUUGGAAAACGGACGGAGAUUUCGAGUUGAAAAUGGCGACUCUCUUGGAGAAAAGGAAGAGAUGUUCGGAUCGCCCAGUACGCCGGUACUCGAAAAUCCGGAGAACCAGACUCGAUGGUACUUCAAGUAUUUUCUUGGAAAGCUUCACCAGAAUUACGUUGGGUCGGAUCAAGAGAGAAGUCCCAUCUUCCUUUCGGUUGUCCUUAGCGAAGGAGCCGGAGAUCGCUGCGUUCCGCAUUACAGAGCUAUUCUAUGGAGGCGAACAGGAGCGCAGAAAAUAUCUCUACCUUACAUGGCAAACAAACCUAUGACGGUCAAGCAAAUUUUAAGCAAUUUUCCGGGGAUGGACAGACUGGACAAAGGACCACGUGAGAUAUUUUCUCCGGACAUACAAAAAGAUUUGUUACUGUUGGAGGAGCAAGAAGGUUCUGUAAAUUUCAAGUUUGGCGUUGUCUAUGCUAAGGAGGGUCAGACGACAGACGACGAGAUGCUGUCCAACGAAAAAGGGAGCUCCGAUUUCAACCGGUUUUUAGAUCUACUUGGCGAAAGGAUUCGAUUGAAAGGCUGGGACAAGUACAGGGGUGGUCUGGAUGUCAAGGGUGACAUGACGGGCAAGGAAAGCGUCUACACUGUCUACGCGGGACAUGAAGUGAUGUUUCACGUCAGCACGAUGCUACCGCACUCCAAGGACAAUCCUCAACAACUCGAACGUAAACGGCACAUCGGAAAUGACAUAGUCAACGUUAUUUAUACCGAUGAUCCUACUGCACUUGACUCCUUCAAUCCAAACUGCAUCAAAAGCCAGUUCACCCACGUAUUUGCAAUAGUGAGCAGCGAUAGUAGCGGAUGGAGAGUCGCGGUUUACUGCGACGAAUGUGUUCCCCUUUUUGGACCUAGUUUACCCUGCCCUCCAGUCUUCAACGAUCCGCACACCUUCAGGGAGUUUCUCUUGGUGAAGCUCAUCAACGGGGAAAAGGCGACGUUCAACACUCCCACGUUUUCCCAAAAGAGAGAAAGGACUCUGGACAUGUUGAUCAGGGACCUCUACCAGGAACACGUUCAGGACACCAAGGGCAGCAAUAUGCUGAACCGACGUGCCCUUUCCGACGUUGUCGAGGCGCCGGGACGACGGCGUGAAGAGACACGUGCCGUCGAAAUGGUUCGCGUCGGACAGGCUUACAAACUCGAAGCCAUAGUCAGAGGCCUCGCACCGACGUCAAUGGCCACGGCUGGUCCCUUCAAGCCGAGUCCUUGGGAGCCCCUUUGCGUCUACCCGGAUUUCCCGCAGGACAUCAUCUGCGGAGAUUCAUGGUCACAGAAGAACAGAAUGGUUCUGUCUACCGAAUUUGGGACGUUUCUCAUAGAAGACGGUCUUUCGCAUAGACUAAUAUUCGACAAGUCGGUCCAGAUAAAACAAUUAGACGUGGUGGAACAACACGGCAUCCUGCUAAUUAGAGCCGGUGAUCGUGGGAGGGAUAGCAAAAUCCACGUGUUUCGACUGAGCGAGUUCGAUGCGGAGGCUGGAGACGCAUUGCCGAAGACGAGGUCACACUCUAAGGAGAAAAAGCUGGAACGCACCAGAGGAUGCCACAUAUAUUCCCUUACUCGACCGGGUGGCUCGCAUCUGCGAAUGUGUGCCGCCAUAGGGCGUCGACUAGUCGUUAUGCAGUGGAAGCACAGCGCUGCUUGGACCGCUUGGUGCCCAGCAUCCGACACCGACACCGUCGACGGUUUCGUCUUCGUCAAAGAAUUGACGGCCAGCGAAGUUCCCAGCUUCGUGACCAUCGUCGAGGGGGCAAUGGGAUGUGGUGAUUGGGCACUCUGCUGUGCUCUGCGACAUAAUUUCGAGCUCAUCUCAGCGGAGGGUGCAUCAAGAAUACUAUCCGUCGAGACAAGCAACAAGCCCCAUCUCGUCGCUGCUCUGGAUCUUCGAGAAGACGAGGAGCCGGAACUGCUUCUGUGCUACAAUAAUACAUGCCAUUUCCAAAAACUGAUGGACGAAAGCAUGGCUUCGACAGCGUUCGAUUUUCAUUGGAAUUCCGUACCGACGGCAGUUGUAUGUGCAUUUCCAUACGUAAUCGCUUUCACUUCGGAUACGAUGGAGAUCAGAUUGAUUAUCAAUGGAAAUCUUGUACACACAAUGGUGAUGCCGAAUUUAAAUUUAAUAUCCUCGAAGAAUGACAUAUUCUUCGCAACCACGGCCCCGGAAUUCUUUUCCACCCGCACCGAGAGGAUCCACUUUGAUGGAAAGAUGGAUAAAGACGACAGGAACAACAGCCCGCCAGCAUCGCCCCAUUCCGCCCCUGUUUCAGCCUCACCCGAAGCUAAGCCGAUGAGGAUCUACAAGAUCCCUCUCAGCACCCUCUCGGGAACAACGGUUACUACCUGCGAAAGGCGAUGCCCGAGUCCUGCAGAGCCGGAUUUAGUAUCCGCACCACCCUCUGGGGAUGCCAACUUUCUUACGGUCGACUCUAGCCGAGCUUUAAGUAGAUCGUGCAGCAGCAGUCCGACGCCUGGUCACGUACCCUGCUUGCCGGGCAUCGGAAUGAAUAAGUAACUUCGUGAUACAAAACGGCGACGAAUCAGUUGAAAUUAAUUUUUCUUUACUUGACGAAAAAAAAAAAAAAAAAUUAAAACAAAAAAAAACACAGAAAUUAAGAUUUUUACAAACGAUUGAAUCGCCAAUGCCUCAAUUCCACUGAGCCCACGUUGGGGCAUUAGCUUCAAGCAUGAUAACAUAUAAACAUAUUAUAGAUAAUAUAUAAAUAUAUACCGUAUAAAUAAUAUAUAAUAUAUACAUUUAUAAAUAGUGCUUAAAAAAAAUUAUAUGAAAGAAUUUUAUUUGUGUGUUGAAUCUCUGCAUGCAAAUUUCGUACGUACCUUUAAUCUUUAUAGUAUUAUUAAUAUAUUAUGAGACACGUGAUUGUACACGUCUUUAUUAAACGUCUUCUCUUCUGUGAUACGGCGAUACAGCUAUUUUAAAACUUGAAAAACGUAUAUUAACAAUAGGAAUAUAUUACAGUUAUACGGUUAAUAAUAUAAAAAAUAAUAAUUAAUAUUAUUAAGAGAAUAAUAAUAAUAUUAACAAUAAUAUGUAUAUCGAUAAUGGCAAAAACUGUAUAUAAUUUAACUUGUGCAUACUCCACGCACAUCCAUUAUUCUCGAUUAAUAUUCAUGUGAUACGCAAAUGCCAUUUCCUAAAUAAUAUGUAGAAUACAAGAAACGAGCAGGAUCAUUCUUUAUGUUACCGAUCCACGUAGGACGUAGAUUCGCUAGAAAAAUUACAUUAUAGACAGAUAUUUGAUAAUGUAUCAUAUUUUAUUUCAGAAUACCGCUACAUCUUAAGUAACCUCGUAUAACGUUAUAGAUGUAUAAAUAUAGUUUAGUGUACUAUUAUUGUCUAGUCCGUGACGAUACCUGCAUCUACUGUCUCUACUAUGAUUUUUACUAUAAAAAAUCCAUAGACGCAUAAGCACAAGUAUUUAUACAUGUACAUACAUUUCAGGCGCGUUAGAUUAGUGGUAAAUUUUUAAUUUGCCGGCCUGUUAUGUAAUUUUUAACUAGCAUGACUGAGUCAUAAGAUAGUUGAUUGAUAGUGGUAAAUAAAACUAAAAAUGAAUGUUCAUCGGAAAUGAUAAUUCUCACAUUGAAAUGCAUUACCUGUAAGUUUCACAUCGGGAAAGAAAAUUAUGCUGCGAGACCUAUCGUGCUAUUAUAGCAGUAAAGUGAGUUUCUUUAA